AUGAUGUGGGCUCGCUUUUCCGCCAGCUUGGUGACGGUGACAUGUGCGGCUCUUGCAAGCGCAGCCGACCCAUUCUCAAGGUCGACCAUCAGGCAUUCCCGCAGCCAUUCUCACCUGCCGGACACGUACAUCCUGGAAGCAGAAUGUCCCAAUGCCUCAAUCCUCCCGGAAGGCUCACCCCGAGUAAGUUACGCUCUAGCUACACGCUCGUGCGAGCCCGAAACGGUUCUGGCUGCUUUAAGCCAAAGCCGAGCGCCUCUUUCAGAACUGAACCGAAGCAUUCAUAGACUUCCGGGGCAAACAUGGACAAUCUGGUCACAGAAGUAUUGGCUGUCUUUCCGGAUGCUCGCCCACGGCAUGUAUACGAUAGCGAUCUCUUUUGCGGUCUGAGCGUGGAACUUGGCGCCGACAGUCUUCACACUCAACUACUUAAGAUUCACAGAGUGAAGGUGAAUACGUUCGCACAGAUUAUUUAGACCUCUCCCAGGAUCUCACUCAUUCUCUAAAUGUAUAUAGAGUGUCUUUCCUGUCCGAUCGAUCCAGCUGGGAUUCAGAACAGCGGGCAGCGCGGACACUCCUUUCCAGGCGGAAGCGGGUCUCAACGUCGUGCCACGGACUGAGACGCGCGGUGAAAGCGAUUAUUUCUCGUCCCACGGUAUGUUGGAAGUAGACAAGAUGCACGAAAUGGGCCUAUUCGGUAGUCGCGAAACUUUGGCCUGCGUCAUCGACAGCGGUCAGUCAGCGACGACGAUUUUUCAGCAGACGGCCGGGAAGCACUGAGCCACAAUCUCCUCUAGGAAUCGACCUCAUGCAUCCACUGUUGGGGAAUGGAUGCUUCGGCUCCAACUGCAAAGUGGUGACCGGUUACGACUUCGUUGGGGACGACGGUCACUCUCCCAAGCGAUCGCCUCAAACGUCUUGUAGCGAUCACGGUACACACAUUGCCGGUAUCCUCGCGGCCGACAAAUCCAAGGCAUUCGGUUUCUCUGGAGUGGCACCAAACGCUUCCCUCGGUGUCUACCGAGUGUUCUCGUGCAAAGGCGCAGCUUCCUCGGACACGUUUCUCAAGGCUAUGCUCACGGCGGCAGACGAUGGCUGUCGAGUACUUUCUCUCUCCUUUGGCAGGGCUUUGGGAUGGGAUCAGGACGACGAGGACGAUCCGUUCCGAAAGGUGGUUUCGAGGCUCGCAAAUCGAGGAGUGUUCAUUGCCGCUGCUUCCGGAAAUGACGGAAGUCAAGGUCUCAUGUUUGCUCAAGCACCUGCCGAUCUUGCCGGCGUCCUUGCUGUCGGUUCCGUCGAGCCCGUUGCGGCCCCUCGGGGAUUCAAGCUUUCAUUCGAACAGAAUCGCUACCCCAGCAUGACGUAUCUGGCACUCCGGCCGGUCAACCACUCCCAAACCUUCCAAAUCCACUUCCACUCAAUUCGUCGAGCUAAAGACACGUCGUGCGAUCCUUUGCUUCCCCGUUCCUCGAAUUUCACAAACUCUGUCGUUGUCCUUCAGAAAGGCGCGUGCGGGACGAAGUUAAUUCAUUUCUUCGUGCGCCACGGGGCACGCGUCGUGAUCGCCCACGACAAUGGUGAUCCGGAGCAGGCGCAAAAUUGGAGACGAACGGCGUACGCGGUACAUUCCCAGGAAGGUCUCGAGUGGUUUUUGAAAUGGCCCACUUCAGCGGUUCACACUGUAAGCGAUUCAAGCCGGGGCGUUCGCCGGUCCUUACAAGAUUCGCAACCUUGGAGCUGACCUGAUCUCGUCCCACUGUUAGCUACUCGAUCACUAUCUCGACUCAUUAGGUGACCUUCAAGUCAACUUCCGGUCCAAGGACCCCGUUUCACAGGACGAGCUUAUCGAUCGAGUGGCGGGUGGUUUGGUCUCCGAAUACACUGAAUUUGGCCCCGCUGCUACGCUCGACACCUUAGCCGCGCACGUCAGUGUGCCUGGUAGUUCGAUUCUGUCUACAUUUCCGCUUAGUAAAGGAGGUAAGUAGUGGAAGCGAUCAAGAUUACGUUUCGAAGAUGGAGGCUCAUGGCCUGCCAUUCGCUCCAGGUUACGGUGUAGCGAGCGGCACUUCGAUGGCGACUCCUAUGGCGGCGGGCGUGGUGACUUUGCUCAUUUCCCACCGCAAGGACGAUCAUCUCACACCGGCUCAAAUGCGCUCAUUGAUGAUUACGACUGCAGGGCCUGUUUCUACCAAGCUUAACUCGGUCCACCCACUAACGACGGUGAUGCAACAAGGAGGAGGUCAGUGCCCAACAGGCGACAGUCCCAUCUCGAAUCACGAAGCCUCGCUGAUGUUUGGAGGUAACGUGCAGGACUGGUCUCCGCACAUCGGGCUUACCAUGCCAAGACAUUGAUCUGGCCCUAUGCGUUGGCGCUCUACGACACCCCGCGACAUGUGAAGGACCAUGUCGUCACCCUUACCAAUACGCACAAGUCGGUUGUCACCUACUCCUUCAACUCGAUGCCCAGUCAAACGCUGGCCAUGUAUAACAAGGUAUAAGUGCCGGUAGAAGUGCUUGUUUUGAAUGCCACUGAGCACAAACGUUCAAUGUAGAGCGCCGCCACUGAGUUUAAUCCUUCCCGAGCAUCUCCUAUCAUUCAAGGCUCGGCGACGGUGUCAUUCAAACCUCGUCAACUCACGAUUGCUGCUGGCCAGAAGGCGAGUUUCAAAGUGUCGAUCGAGCAACCUGCUUUCUCGCCGGGUGACUUGGCUCGGUAUCCUGUCUAUGGAGGCUGGGUCGUCAUCCACGCGCAGGGCGAUCUAGUCGGUACCUAUCGCAUCCCUUACUUUGGUAUUGUCGGAGUGCUCCAGCAAGUGCCGAUCCUCGAUAGGAGCGACUAUAUGACGAGAGGACGGGAGAAGUAUGCAGGGUUGAGGUACCCGUUCUUGGUGGUGGGCAACAACACUGGCUCUGGCGGAACAAAGCACCUAUCGUCGCCUCUUGAUUACAAGAAGAGCGGCGUGGUUUCGGUCUCUCGUGCACGCGGCCUCGACAUCAUUUACCGACUUGCGAGUAGGUCUUGCAGGAAUACGAUCUUUAAGAGCAUCAGAGCUGAUGAGAUCCCUUUGUGUACAGUGCCGACGGAUAGGAUCUACUUUGACGUGAUCCAUGCCGAGCCCUCGACCGCAAGUUCGCACAACGCUUCGACUGCGCGUCCUCAUCGGGCUUACCCGAUCCGUUCUUCGGAACCCGAGCCUUGGACCACCGUCGGACUAAGGGAGACAUCACUAGGCUCCCGGUUUAUCGGCAAUUGGAUCUGGUUUUCAGGCUUACCGCGCAACACCGACGAAUUCGCCCAAGAGCCAGCGAUCGAUAGCAAUAUGGGCACGUUUCAUGGUCAACUGAGUUCUUCGUAUGGGGCAUCCGCCCCAUACGACAUCAUGCUGGGCUCGAAUGUCCCGGUUCGGUUCUUGGUAAGGUCAGUACAGAUGUAUUCUCUUCGCACGUUAUUUUAAAAAUUGCUGAGUUCGGUUCCGGUAACGUGCAGAGCGCUGAGACUGGGUGCGACCGAUAACCCCGAGGACUACGAGAAUCAGGGGGUGUACGAUACAUGGACGAGCGACCCCUUCGAGUUCAUCGAUUGA